UGACGCAACACUCCGCGCCGGUGUUGCGUGCGGGGCCUUGUGGGACAUACCUGGUUUGUUUUGGUUACCUGGCGCAGGUGAGGCGGAGGAUGCCAGUUUGAGUCGUGCUAGUUAAGGGAAGCUGAUCCUGUGAUAUACAAUGAGAGAAAGAGAAAAGAAUCCCAAGUCUACUGGAGGAACAGGGAAACCAAAAUCCAAGCCUCCAACUACCAAGUCUUCAUCCUCCACCAAGCCAUCUGCAUCCUCAUCAUCUAAUGUAAGGUCUUCAACCAAAGCUGCCGCCUCCUCCUCCAAAGCUCCGUCCAAGGCCUCAUCAUCAUCUAGUCGUACAGCCAAAGAAGCUACAGCCUCCUCUUCAUCUAGUCGAACACCCAAAGAUCCUACAGCCUCAUCAUCAUCAAGUCGAAGAGCCAAGGAUGCUACAGGCUCCUCCUCCUCAAGUCGAACAGUCAGGGAUGCUACACCUAGUCGAACCACCAAAACCACAUCAUCAUCCAGCAGAGUCUCCAAGGCUCCCUCAUCUUCCAAAGACUCAUCAUCUAGUAAAACCUCCUCCUCCCGAACAAACCCCACUUCAUCACGGCCGCCGGACAAGACAAGCUCAUCAAGAUCAGGGUCACAGAAGCCAGCAGCCUCCACCUCAAGGCCCAGCAAAGACUCAAGGGGUGAACCAUCAAGAUCCAGCAGAGAGGAAAAAAGCAGGUCUGAGAGAGAGCCCAGCAGAGAUGGCCGAGCAGAGAGGAGGUCCUCCAAAGACCCAAAAGCUGCAUCAAGUUCCAGCCGAGGAGAAAAGCCUUCCCAGAGUAGAAGUGAGAGGCCAAAGGAAGGCAGGAAGGAGGCAAAGAAUGAAAGGUCUUCUAGUAGUCAAAAUAAAGGAAAAGACAAGAAAGAUAGUCAGAAGGACUCCAGCAGAAGCAGAAGUAACUUGGAAGAAGGUUCUAAAGAAAAGAGGCCAAAAGAAAAGUCCAAGACUAAAGAAUCCUCCAAGAAAGACACAAAGCCUGAAACCAAGACUAAGAAGGAUGAACACAAGGGCAGAGAAGAAGCCAGGGAUGCAGAACUCUGGCAGGAAUCACUACAAGGAGAUCCUCAGCUUCAUAUUCAGGAUGGAGAAAAUGAGGCCCAUGAUUCUGGCUUGGAGGGAAUGAGCAUGGGGCCAGUUGUGAUCAGCAGAGCAAUGGCAAAUGGUCAGGGGGGAGAGGUGCCAGAACUCUCCCCAACCAGCCUUGAAACACUGGAAUCAGGAAUUUCUUUAUCAUCUCCUCAAGACCUAAGUGGAGAUGAUGGGGAAGUGGAGGAGUCAAUCUCGUCUAGAAUGGUGGAGUUAGAUGAGGACGAGGAAGAAGAAAAGCAGCGAGAGACAGCCGUGAUGGACGAUGAGGCGUUCUCCCUGCUGGGCAUGAAUGGAGCAGAGGCACAGGACUUGUAUGACACUCAAGAAACUAAUGAACCUGGAGGUGAUGAAGAUAACUAUGAGGAUGACUUUGAGGAUUAUGAGUCUGAUUUUGAGGAAGACAGUGGGUCAGGACUAGAGGAGGAGGAAGAAGAGUCAGAAAGUACCGAGGAUGAAGAAGAUGAAGAAAGUUCUUCAGAAGAAAGUGACGUGGACACUGUCGAUCCUGAGGUGGCCGCUGUGCUCUUGGCCUUACAAGAAGAAAACAGUUUUGAGAAUAGAUUGGAGCGUACUGACAGUGUGGAUAUUCCAGAGGCUGCCGGAUCACAGUCACCUGAAAAGAAGAUUGAUCCUGCUGAGCCAAUAUCAGAGAUGGAGGAGGCGAUUGCAAAGACAAAACCACAAGCUCAAGUUCCAAGACCGAAAACAUCUCGGACGUUUGUCAACUUUGAAAGAGCUAAAAAGCAGCAAAAGACUGCACAGGUCGCAUCCACCAUGACGGAUCGAGGACGUGCCCUUCUAGACAUGAUAAGGCUGGACACUGUUAAUAUGGAUCUUUUUACACUGUCUCCAGUGUCCUAUGAGACUUACAUUUCAACAUUCGGACAGGCCAAUAGACAACAGGUGCAUGUACAAACUAAUGAAGAUGCAUUGUGUGAAGAAGUACAAACGGAUGAAAUUCUGACCCGAGACAAGUGGACACAGAAGCCGGUGCACAUCAGUGUUGGGACAGACAACCAGCUGCCGGGGCCACAGGACUACAUGGGGGUGGGGGGGGAUGUGGACCCAGUAGAGUUCACGACCGUGCCAAGAAAAAACUCCAACACUGGGUACCUCACCACAUUCUUGACAUCUGCAUCUCAGGUUAUGCUAGGAAUAUUAGAAGAAGAGCUGCUUUGGGAUUUAGCAGAGUCCACUUCGGCCGACUCAUCAAAUUCCACGGAGGGCCUUGGCUUUUCUAACCCUCCAGCUCCCCUCGGCACCAGCGUCAAGCCACUCUUGGAAGGGCGGUCAAUACCCUUUGUUCAGUUCUGCACCACGGAACCAACACUGCUUCUGUCAGGCCAUGGGUAUCAGUCUUCGGAGACUGAGGAUGCCAUGGAAUUAGGUGAAGGAGGGCUAGUGUGCUUGUGGUCAGUACAGGAGCCGUCCCGCCCCCAGCAGCUCCUGUGCUGUAGAGCCUCACCGGUUGCUGCCACUUUCAGUCCAUCCAAGCCAUCCCUAGUACUUGCAGGCCUUGAGGAUGGUUCCCUGGUCGCCUGGGACUUACGAGAAAAUCUUAAGUACCACUCACUCAAGGUUGAGCUGGAUAAUGUCAGCUGGAGAGUCAGAGUUCCAUCCUUCACUACUGCAUGUGAUGAAAAUGACAAUGUUGAAGGCAGCCAGAUUGUGGACAUCCAGGCAGUGACCACACAAGAGGACCUUGAGGCAGACACCCUGGGCUCCUUCCAGGUGGUGACACUGAGCAGUGAUGGAAAGGUGACGUGGUGGGUUGUGGUUAGGGUACCAUUUACUAAUGCGGUCAUGGACAUUGGAAUUGGCAAGAAAGGCAGCAACUACAGUACUGAGGAGGGCAAAGUUGGGGUGUCACCACAUAUAGGUGCUGCUCCCUGGGCAAGAAUUGCCCUCAACCGUGCUGCAACUAUAGAUGUAGCAACUACUUUGUUUGGAGAAAACCACAUUAUGGGGGGAGUCACCUGUCACAGUCUAAAAAUCGACCCAAGUGACCCCAGUCAGCUUUACGUGGCCUCCGUCAAUGGAGCCGUGGCUCACUGCUCCCGCCACAACUCCAAGACCUACCCUAAAGCCUAUGUGCCUGAUACUGAGCCUGGGUGUGAUGCCACGUGUCUGGCUGUGUGCCCGCACGACAGCCAUUACUUCUUGGUCGGGAGCGGCGAUGGGGUGGUGCGCCUCCACAACACAGAGAUUGAUCACCCACUGACUUCCUGGCAGUCUGCUCCAGACUCCUCGCCAAUUGUUGACUUGCAGUGGUCUCCUGCACGACCUUGUGUCUUUUAUGUUCUUGACUCAAAUGGACGGUUGCACGUUUGGGAUUUGAGUGCUGGAGAUAUUUUCCCGGUGCUGACCAUAGAAGCCGGUGGACUGGUGGAUGGUAACCUCAGCUCACUCCACAUUGCCUCUUCCCAGAUAGCAUCUCGUCAGCCCCUCAAUGCGGUGUUUGCCAGCAACUCAGGGGAGCUGGUGUUGCGCCAAGUGACCUCCGAGUUCUGCACUUACGAGCAGGUAGAGGACUACAGGACAGAGCUGGAAAGAUUUACGUAUUAUGUUAAUAUAAUUUAGAGGUAUGCAUGCAAAUAGAG